AUGUUGACUUGCACGGAUCAUACAGGCUGGGAGGAGCUUGCCGUAAAGCCUACGUGGAUACGGCGGUUUCUUACCCUGCUCGCGCUCAAGACUACCGCCAGAUUCUUCAAGCGCGAUGGCUGCUGCAUCCCCAUAUCAAGGCACAUGAUCGUCAAGACUGGACCAUGGGUACAUUUAACGGAGGCAGCGACCAUGCAAUUCAUUGCAGAGAACACUUCCAUUCCAGUUCCCAAGGUCUACUGCGCGUUUGUCCACAAGAAUCGUGCGUAUAUCGUAAUGGAGAGGGUACAGGGUACCAGCCUAGCAUCAGUUAUAGGCAAAUGCUCAGAAGAGUCCAGUGAAAAUAUAUUCACUCAGUUGAAGGACAUGUUUGAAGAAUUACGAGCACUGGAGCCCCCUCCAGGUACAGGCGUGCAUAGCUUUGCUGGUGGAUCAUUAUACGACUCCAGGAUUGCGCGUUGUCAACCACGGCUUGGGCCUUUCAAAACCAUCCAGAACUUCCAUCUUUGGCUCAGGGACGGCUUGGAACCAUCUGAAGAUCAGCCAAAGAACCUAGAAUCCGAUGAAUGGGAAGAUAUCAAGGAAAUGGUGAAGAUGCAAGAUGGUCCCUGGCCAGAACCUGUUUUUACUCAUGGAGACAUGAACCCAUCAAACAUCAUCGUUCAAGGAGACAAGGUGGUCGGCAUCAUUGACUGGGAGUUUGCUGGUUGGUAUCCGUCUUACUGGGAAUAUACCUCUGCAUAUCAAGUCAUGUACACCAAGACACAGUGGCAGGGCAUGAUAGGAAACUUCCUGGACCCCUACACCAAACAGCUAAAGAUGGAGAGAACUCGGCAAAGAUGGUGGGGAGAGAUAUAA